UUUUCUAAAUUUAAAGCUGUCCCUUCAGUGAGCGGCUUGGUCGUUCGAGAGUUAAUAAGAAUUUUGAUUUCAGUAAAUUUCAUUAAUCAAAGACUCAUCGAUUUCGUUGAUCAAGUUGUAACGUUGAAAGCAUUUCUGAAAUAUUACUGUUUUAUCAAUAUCUGAAAUGAGGUUGUCUCGUUGUCUGCGCGAUACUUCUACGUCAAUGCAAUUUCAUGAUCGAUCACUCCUUUAUACUUCUAUCAAUAUUGGCUAAAAACCUCGAGAGUACGUUUAGACGAUCAACCUUUUGAUGGAUGAUACCGAUGCUAGACAGUCGAUUUGCUUUAUUAUAUUUAUCGUCUAAACUGCAUAAGAUAAUUGCCAAUGUUCAGCUCAUUUCAAAGUAAAUAUAGGUGUUAACUACAACAUUUAUAGAAAAAAAGAGAAGACAUCCAUGAAUUUUCUGCAUCGAGAAAAUUCGAUGAAAAAACAAAUGCCCGAUCAAAACGAUUGAUGUUAAAUCGAACCGUUAUUUAUUUAUCUUUACAUAAAGCAAAAUGUAUUCCACUGUGUUUAGAAAGAAUCUUGUAUCUGCUUAUCUUUACAGAAAAUAUUUUUCCUAUCCAUAUGCUGAAAAUAACCACCCUCCGGCUCUAUUUCUGCAUCUCCUAUUUAUGCAAACUAAUAAUAGUCCCUUUUUCCAUCGCCCAUAUAAGUAGAAAUAAUGGAAUGAUUCUUUAUAGUUCCAAGCGUCAUUUUAGAAAAAAAUGAGAUCGAAAAUCAAUCGAAUGCGUUUAAUGUAUCGAAGUAAUUAAUUUAUAGAAUCUUUCUCUGUCCCUAUUGGUAUCAUGAUUCACAGUCGAUCCUGUGUAUUUUCAAGGAAUUUUCACCGACGAGCACGUGGAUACGCAAGCUUGCCUUCUUGUCUGACUGUUCGUCGACUUGUUCCACUUUCAGCCUGUCCCUUCCCCGAGUGACGAUGGCAAAAAGAAGACGGAGGGCGAGGCAGCAUUGCAAACACGCUUGUAUUCCACUUGCUGCUCAUUCUGCGUUCAGAUUUCGAAACGGUAGCAUCAGUCUUUUUCGGUUCUUAAAAAACACGCCCUUCUGAGAAUGUAACGUCUCGUUUUCUUUUAUUAGACGAGCAAUCCUGUGGUGUUUCAAAACGAUUUAUCGUUACAUAUAGAUUUCCAAGUGCCUUAGACAGACUUUAUCUUUAUUUUUAAAGCUACUUUCGCGAUUGUUCGUGAGAAAACCGCGUGCUACUGGGAUGACUACGACGGAAACGGAUGUAACGUCGGAAACGGAGGGGUUCUUCGUCGAACAGAAACGGAAGUGCGGCGAAUUGAUGAACGAAUAUCUAAACGUAACAUUGGAGAAUGGUAGCCCACGAUUUCACCAUUGCCCCCCGUCAUUCGAUGGACUGCUUUGCUGGCCGUACACCAAGGCAUCGACUACUGCAAUUUUACCCUGCCCUCCCGAAUCCGAUUUCGACUCGAACAAUCGUGCGUUCGCGAUGGCCAGCAAGCUUUGCCUCGCCAAUGGUCGAUGGUACAAGAACACAGAAGAGAUUCCAUGGAGCAAUUACAGUUUGUGCGAAUUGUCCGACGAGUUCACAGCUCGUUACCUCAUGGAGACCAUCGCCGAUUUGGGAAUUGGAAUGACGCGUUCGCGAGAUUACGGAAACUUUGAGUCUUUUCUACUGGACAAAUGGUUGCCCAUCGUCAGGAUUGUGUCCCAGAUAGGAUACGCCACAUCCUUUACCAUGUUGAUUAUUGCAAUGAUAAUAUUUUCUCUGCUCAGAAAGCUUCGAAACCCAAGGAACAGAUUACACAUGCAUCUAUUUGCAUCUUUCAUCAUGAGAGCGUUUAUGGCAUUGAUCAGGGACUGGAUUUUCGUCGAUGGCGUAGGUUUAGCUGUGGACGUGGUCUAUGUGGACGAGAAGAAUGCUUUUAUCAAGCAACGAAACUUCCAGACGUUGAUCUGCAAGACGAUCACCAGCGCUUGGCAAUUCUUCAUCGUGGCUAAUUAUUCCUGGAUUCUUAUGGAAGGGUUAUAUUUACACAACUUGGUUGUGUUGGCGUUUUGCGCCGACAGCGCAGCGAUUAAUCUAUACAUUCUAAUGGGAUGGGGAUUGCCUGUUUUCGUGGUUGUUCCUUGGAUAAUUAUUCGAGCCACGAUCGAGGAUACACUUUGCUGGACCACCCACGAUAAUCCUUCUGUGUUCCUGCUUAUAAGAAUACCCAUCAUGAUAUCGACCUUAUUCAAUUUCCUGCUGUUCAUCAACAUAGUACGCGUGCUUUUCAUCAAAUUCAAAACUUCGGUGCACUUGCAACGUAAGAAGAUGCAGUACAGCAGGUGGGCGAAAUCUACGUUGGUCUUGGUGCCUCUGUUCGGGGCUCAUUAUACUCUUUUCCUGGGUCUUUCUUAUCAUAAGGAUCAUCGUGUGGAAUUAGUCUGGCUGUUCUGUGAUCAAUUCUUCGCCUCUUUCCAAGGUUCGUUCGUGGCUUUAUUGUACUGUCUGCUAAACAUUGAGGUGAGGACAGAAAUAAAACGUGCAUGGCAAGCCAGAUGGUCGAAGAACGUGAACAUCUUCGUUUCCAAUUGCCGGGAACCAAGGAAAAGAAUGUCGAAUCGGCAUUGCAGACAAUCGAACGAUUACGAGCAACCGACAGUUUCUGGCACGACCAUGAGGAAUUUGUUCACCUUGCAGUCCGAAAGAAGAUCGAACAACGAUUAUUGGCCGAAUGUGUUAGAAAUGGAAACAGGAUAAAAAGAAAAGCGUAUCGUUUCUCGAUUAAUCUCUGUAUAUUGAUAGAGUAUCUUUUGUGUCCGACGUGGAUGAUUCUAUAGAAAUUCACUGACUAGUAUUGUGACAUUACACUUGACAACUAUUUAAGGGUGGAUCCAAAGGCGUUUUGGGACGAGGGAGAAAACGAAAUAUGCAAAAGUAUAUUUUUUAAUUUAUUUCGUAAACAGAUAUCUAAAGGAAAAUGUUGUAAAAUAAAAGAUAUUUCAACUAAAA